AUGAAAAGUCGCCAGCAGCUCGGCGACCGUCGUGGUCGCAUUAGGAUCGAGAGUCAGGAGACUCGCGGCGGCGAGCCUUUUGGUGAUCCUGACAACCAGGCUUGCGCGGAACCAGAAACGGCGGACAUUGCGAGCUCAGACUCCGAGCCCGAGGAGUUCUGGGCGUACGAAAGCAGCGACAGCGAGGCGGACUCGGACGCCACGAUUGCUUCUGACGACAGCGAUGAGGAUCCCGUGGCUGACGACCUCGAAAUUGCUGCGGAUAGCAUUGGCGCCAGCAUGGCGAAAGCCAAGAAGAAGGGGAAGGGGAAGGCCGUUAAGCCCAAGAAAAAACGGAAGCUGUGGACUGAGGAAGAGAUGACGGAGUUGGCCGCCGCACGCUGGUUCACUCGCGAGGACCUCAAGUCGAUGCAGGGCAAGCAAGGCUCACAAUAUUGGAAGAAACUUCGCCGCCAUCUCCGGAAGGCGAAUCCGAAUUGGACACGCAAAUCUGAGGCUAUGAAGCAGCAGUGGAAGCGUCUGGAGAGGGAGUACAAGGAGAUCGGCGAGGCGCUCGCCAUGUCCGGGGGAGGAAAUGUCGCCCGUCCCGGAUGGUUCGGGUACAUGGAGGAAAUUCGGGCGGGAACCGCCGCCUUGAACCCGCACGUGGUCGACGGUGGCGGCGCCGGUGAGGAUCACGCCGAUCCUCUGGUCAACCCCGUGCCUGCCGCUCCUGCACCCGCCACGCUCCCAUUGGCGCACGGUCCGCAAGCUGGACCGUCAGGACUAACGCCAACGGACAAGGCGCCAACUACCACACCCGUGCGCAAGUGGCGUGUGUCUGAGAGUGCGACGCUCGCGGGAGCUAAGCUCAUUGCUGACACCCUCAAGGAAUGUAAUCAAGCGGGCUUGGCCAAGCUGGAAGCCAUUACCCAGCUCAUCAUGAGUGCGAUCUCAGCCUCUGCUACGUCUACUCCUGACAAUGCAGCCACCAACACCCCUGAUGCAGCAGUGCAGUUCGAUGCGCCUCUUGAGACGGCUGGCACCCCUUCUGAGAUGGCAGGCACCCCUCCUGAGACGGCUGAGGCGCCUCCUGACUCGGUUGGAGUGCCUACUCCACUUGACCCUACGGUCCAGCAGUAG